GUCCCGGGUUGUUUUGGGUCUGCUCAGACCACGUGGAGGCACCAGGUACCUGCUGCAGCUUUAUAACCUCCUCACCACCGCCAGCGCCGCUACGAGCAGCCGUUACCGAAGCACCGAAGAGCCGACGCGGUGUUUGAGAGCGAUGUCAGCGGGAGGACAGGCCACCAGGAGCCGGGACAUCCCAGCCGUCCGGAGGGUCGCCAUCCACGAUGCGGCUCACAUGCCCCAGGACUACUCCACGACCCCCGGGGGGACUCUGUUCAGCACCACGCCGGGAGGCACCAGAAUCAUCUACGACAGGAAGUUCCUCCUGCAGUGUCGGACGUCUCCCCUGACUCGUACGCCUCCCAACCUGCCGGACAUCCCAGGAGUCACCAGGCCGCUCAAACCCGACUCCCCCAGCAGCACGACCCAGUCCGAACAGACACCCAGCAAGAACAACGACCACAGCGAGAGCACAGGGGAAGAUGACCAGUUUGAAAUGGACAUCUGAAGAGAGGCAGCUGUCAGGAUGCAAAAUAUGUUCUUAGUUUUUGUUUACUAGGAUUUAAAAAAAAAAAAAAAAAGAAUCUCUUAAAAUGAGAAGCCUCAUUUGUUUGAUCUGCUUUCAGAUUUUUUCUGAACCCAGGAUGUUUUUAUAAUGCCUAACGUGUUAAAAUGCUGUACUCGACACUGUUUCUUCACUUUGAGGGCAUUCGACUUUAUUAUUAUCUGUGACAUGUUGGACAAACACGUCAAAGUUUUUGUUAAAAAUAAAUAACCAAUAUUUUAUGUGA